GUUCCUUGGAUGAAGAAAUUAAAUGAAAAUGAUAGGAAAAAAAAAAAGCUUCACCAUAGGGACCCAUGACAUGUCUCCUCAGCAGUAGACUCAAUAUGUGAUCUUCAUCUUUUUCAACCUUCUCCUCUCUACCCCCUACCUUUUAUUCUUACCAUUUUCACAUUGGAUCAUCCAUUUUCUUCAAAAAGCAUCUUCAUGUCAAGUAAUCUACCUAAAGAUCCAUCGGAAGGGUCCUCUCGAUCCGGGGAUCAAAGCCAACAUCCCGCACCUUUAAGCCGUUAUGAAUCACAAAAACGACGCGACUGGAACACUUUUGGUCAGUAUCUCAAGAAUCAACGGCCUCCCGUUUCUCUAUCGCAGUGCAACUUUAAUCAUGUUCUCGAAUUUCUUCGAUACCUAGACCAAUUUGGAAAAACUAAGGUUCACUUACAUGGGUGUGUUUUCUUUGGGCAACCUGACCCUCCUGCCCCUUGCACUUGCCCUCUUAGGCAAGCUUGGGGCAGUCUUGAUGCCCUAAUCGGGAGAUUGAGAGCCGCCUAUGAAGAAAACGGCGGCUCUCCUGAGAAAAACCCAUUUGGAAACGGAGCUAUUCGGGUUUAUUUAAGAGAAGUGAAAGAGUGUCAAGCCAAGGCAAGAGGAAUCCCAUACAAGAAAAAGAAGAAGAGAAAAAAUCAAAUGAAUUCCAAUCAAGAAGUGAAUGCUUCAAAGAUGCAGGCUUCUUAAAGCUUGCUUCAAUUUGGUUAUCUCCACUUACACCAAAUGUACGUGCAGGAAAGUGAAUAUUGGAUGGGAAGCUAGGACGAAUAAUAUCUCUGAUCGAACGUAGAAGUCUAGGCCUCUAAAAUGCAGCAAGAGGUCGGGUGGCCGGGUUCUCUUCUUUAAUUAAUUAGGUGUAAUUUAUAAGAACAUAUAUACACUACUAGAUAUAUAUAUGCCAUAUAUAUACACACCUGAUCAGCUCGAAACUGAUAUAAUAAAGGGGUGAUUAUUAUGAUGCAGUAAAUGCAUUUUUAUAUAUACAUGAUUAUUAUGUACUUUUUAGUCCGAUGUUCGAUCAUCAAUUGCUUAAUUAGAACCCAAAUCAAACCAUAUCUCGAUCGAUCUCAUUUAUAUAGGACAGAAAGAGUUUGUAAAUCGCAUAAUUUAAUCUUUUGCCACCUUUUCAUUCA